CCUACUAGGAGUGUCUCAUAAAACUUGUAAAUUACUUUUACUGCAUAAAUUCAUGUUCCAUUUCCUGUGUCACCCCUCUCGUCCCGAGAGAAGCCAUAUCUGUGCAUAAAGUAGUUCUUGAGCAUAAGGCCAUAAGCCAUUAAGCCCAACGUAUCCGCAACUCGUGAAGUGAAGCAAAGGGAAGGGCGAUGGAUGUGUAUUCAUGGGUCCGACGCCGUCUAUCCAGAAACAAACAGUCAUCUCUUCCAGCGGGAGGAAAGAGCAAAGUAUAUCGUAAAACCGAAGAAGAUGACCGCCGACUUCACGGCGUCACUGAAACACUAAUCGAACUAAUCAAAUCUUUCUCUGUUGAAACCUUCAUAAACUACACACUUCCUGAUGACGAGGGAGCUGAUGGGGAGGGCAAUGAAGGACCUUCUCGCAACGUUCGAAAGGAUCUGUCGGAUUGGCAAGAACAUCAUGCUCUGCUUGUUCUGUCCGAAGUCAAGGAGCUAGCACAUCUGAGAUUUGAGUUAUGCCCUCGUUAUUUGAAGGAACGUCAGUUUUGGAGAGUCUAUUUUUCACUAGUUAAGAGCUACGUGGCAGAAUAUGAACUGCAAGCAGUGCGCCUAGCAAGAUUAAAGCAGAUGAGCAUUGAGGAUGAAAGCAUUCCAGAUAGUAAUGUGUAUGAAGUUGAGAUGUUAGAAACAAAGCAAAGGAUACAUGACAUUUCUUUGGAGGACCACAAAUGACCUGACAAUAUAACUGCAAGCAGUGCGCCUAGCAAGAUUAAAGCAGAUGAGCAUUGAGGAUGAAAGCAUUCCAGAUAGUAAUGUGUAUGAAGUUGAGAUGUUAGAAACAAAGCAAAGGAUACAUGACAUUUCUUUGGAGGACCACAAAUGACCUGACAAUAUACAAAUAAGUAGGUAAUAGGUUCUGGUUUUUGUCAUACCUUGAUGAUCACCUUUUUUAGAACAUUGUCUAGCCUUCUCAAACUGUAUCAGGCUCAGGGUGAGUUGAUGUCAUUCAAAGUGUAUACUAUGCUUAGUUAUGUUUGUAUGUAAAGUUUAGAAUACAAUGGUGUGUUUACUAUGUCGAAUAUUUCACGAGGGUAAUGUUGCGAAAUACUUUGCACAGUCAAAAUCAAGCGAAACAAUUACUACGGGACAAUUUAGAAAAAGAUUGCAUGCCUU